UAACGUUGAUAUGCAACGCUGAAAAUACCGAGCAACGUAGCUAGCUGUGAAGGAUACUUUAAAAGACUAGUGUAAGUGGUGUUUAUACAAGCACUUUUUAACGAGCCAGUGGAACAACCCGGUAAUGUUAGCAAAACUUCCUGUUUCUUUGAUAUCGUCAUAAGCCAACCUCUUCCAGCAACGCACUAGGAAGUAUCGUAUUUAUCGAGUUUUUAAUUGUCCAGGAAGAGCCUGAUACUGUACAUUAUGCAGACGCUGAACACGUUCCGGUGGUGUUGCACUUAUCGCAGUUAUCAGAAUGCAAACGUAUUUAGAAAGUGCAUUGUGAAGACUCUGCCCACUUCCUCAAAUGCAGUGCUUAAUUCUGAUUUCACCUUAAACAAUACACACGUAACGGGCAUCAGAGGAUUGUGCAACAGGACAUCAAAACUUUUGGGACGUUUCAACGUUAACCAGGCGGCUGUUUAUCCAAAUCAACUGAGGACUUUCUGUACGGUUUCAAAAAGGUGCUGGAAGUGCAAGUCUGCCAUUCAAGCAGCUCUUGCAUUCUUUUGCCCUGCCUGCAAAGUUAUACAAGCUCCGGACGAACAUGCGAACUACUUCGAUAUAAUGGACUGUGACAAGACGUUUACUUUGGAUACCCAGAAGUUACAACGCAGGUACCUGCACCUUCAACGCUCUCUUCACCCUGACAACUUCAGUCAGAAAACUCAGAAAGAACAGGAGUAUUCGGAAACCCAUUCAGCGCUGGUGAACAAGGCCUACAGGACUCUGCUAAAGCCUUUGAGCCGUGGUCUUUAUAUGCUGGAACUCGGGGGGGUCCCUGUGGAGGAAGGGACUGACAUUGGGGCCGAUCAACAGCUUCUCCGGGAAAUAUUGGAGAUCAAUGAAAGGUUGCAAGAGACGCAGAUCAAAGAGGAGACUGACAGCAUUGGGGUUUUCAUUGAAGGUCGACUGCAGGACCUCACGGAGAAAAUAGAUGUAUCCUUCCAUCAAGGGGAUAUUCAGUCAGCGAAAGUGCUGAUUGCUCAAAUGAAGUACUUUGCGAAUAUUCAGGAGAAGGUGAAGGAGAAGCUGUCGGCCAUGUUGGUCUGAGGAUCUGCUCCGGUGCCUCCUGCCACGCUGUCCCUGUUCACAAACCUUCACACUUUUCAUGUACAUUUUUAGACAGUAUAUAUUUAAUAAUCCAUGUUUACACAACCAGUGCAAUAACUUAUUUAACUUAAAGCAAAAAAAACAAUGUGACCUUCAGAAUGAAACACUGGAUUUUUAAAGUCCUGCGUUGUUAAAAUUCUUUAUUAAAUGACAAUUCAACAAGA